GUCACAGACAUGGACAGGGAGCAGAAACCUUGCGCAGUCGCACUGGAACCUUGAUUGGUCUGAACAGGCUGACGGUGCAGCUGGCCAGACUGAUAGGCCCGAAUAAGCUGCCCUAACGGCUGCAGAACUGAUCUUAGGGCCACUCUGUGAUCCUGGUCCCACCCAUUAGUGUUAUAGAAUUAUUACCCUCACUGUGCUACAUUGCCGCCGAAUGGAAAACGCCGUCUAUGACUGGUGACGCCCUGCAGCUCCAGAAGCCUUUCCUUUGUUUUUAGUCGUCCACGGACCCCGACCUGAGCCGAUGAUGCGCCGCCUCUGUCGCUCCCCUGAUUCCUUUCCCCCUUUUGGGGCGACCAAUGACGACAUCCCAACCCAUGUCGCUUUUCUCCAGGAUUUCUAGCUGAUGAGAGAGCGCUCUCCCCUCUCUUUCCUGACAAUAUCUCAAACCCCCAGAGCAUUUUAUGAUCGCAGAAGCAGAACAUGGCUCAACACACAGCAGACAAGAGAGAGGACAUGGAAACCGGUGUAAAGAAACAAUCUAGCCAUGACUACGACGCCGAACAUGCUCACAAGGAGCAUGGAAGCGGACGAGGGAUGCUGGCAAGGUCUGCCACGCGUAUCCACACGAAAAAAUCACUCCUGGGAUGUGGUUUUGUAGCGCGCACAUUUAAUCAGGGUCAAGGGCCCCGUUCGGAGCAAGAUUCCGAGCCCAAUCCGGAGCGCGCAUCGCAUCGCAAAAACAAGUCAAAAUCCGGGGGUUCGCCUCCUAUAAAGCCAAGCCAAAUUAUGGACGAACACCCGGGGCCCAACCCUGCCGAGCUAGGGGACCCGGAAGGCGUGCACCCGUCAACCAAGGUCGAACCCGCGCCGAAUCCUCGUACUCGUGACGGUAAAGUUAAGCAGAUGGAGAGCCACAUCGUUGCCUUGGCGAGAGGAAUCACCGAAUUAGACAAUGAUCGCAAACGACUGCAAGCGCAAGUUCGCUCGGCAAGGAGCGGCUCCUGGGUCACCAAAAGCAGUCGGCAGAUACGCGAAGAACUGUCGAGUUUUGAGGCAGCAAUGCGACAUUGGGCCGAAAAUUAUAGCGUCGGUGAGAUACGUGCGCUUGAUAGGUUGCCGAUCGAGGAGAAGGACGCCAUCCUGGAACGGCUGAGUGGAUAUUGCGCACAGGUGGAUUGGACCACACUCAUUGAGAAGGCGUCUACGAUGGCAGACAACAUCCCAGCUCUUCUUAUGCAGGCUCUGCUAGCCAAAGAUAUCUUCGGAACAAUCUUUGCCAACCCCUUCUUUGCCUUCGGGGAGUCUAAAGAACCCUCCACGGCGCACGCUUCCCAAACAUUAUCUUUUCUAUACGCAUCGAUGCUGGACGUCAACAAGGAAGAAGCCCAUAUCUGGCGUUCGCAAACUCUUCGGCUUUUGGCCACACCUCCCCCGAACUCUGUGCACAAUGCACCGUUGCGCGCGAAGGUGGAAGCUAUAACUAGUGAGCUUGCGGUUGAAUUCCUCGCGGGUCCUGUUCAGUUACUCUUCCGACACAGAAAUGAUUCAUGGGCGAUCCAGCGCAACCAGGAACUCUACCAGCUUUACCAGACCGCUGGCGAAUUGGCCAUCUCCCUGUGGACGCAGCGAUCCUUCAUGCGGUGUUACUGUAUGGAUGAGCUCCCCAUAUUUCGGGCAGAGCAUCCGGUAAUGAGCGCACAUGCCCUUCAUCGUCCACGUGGGGACGACACAAGAUUAGACGGUAAGAAUGCUUUGAUCAUAGUUCAUCCGGCCAUUGUUGCCUUCGGGAAUGAAUAUGCGGAGCAUUAUGACCUGUGUAAGGUUUGGGCUAAGGGUAUUAUCCUGGUGGAUGAACAUGCGUGAUGCGAAGGCUAUGAUGGAUAUCAACGCUAUCUGACGAGAAUAUUUACAGUGUAACAUACUUAAUUAUAAUGCAUACCCCAAUACAUUCUUCGCCUUGGGCUUUGACAGAUCCAGGUGACUGCAAUGAAUUACCAAUUGGUGAAGUGCUACUCUUGGACGAGAAAGAACUCGUAUCCGGAAUCUCACUCGAUCUUUGCCUCUGCCUGUAGUGUCAGGUCACCUAUAUACCCCCCCGGUUGAAUACACAAGGGGGUACCCUGUUCAAAGAAGACUGCAUAAUGUUUCUAAUUUAUGCUGAUCAGCGAUCGCCCUGAAGGCUUGAGCAAAGCCACCCGCCGAUCCUUGGUUAUUAUAUAUGCUUAAUGCUAGUGGCUAAGCCUACCAUGCUAUA